ACAGAAUACACUGCAUCGCCAACACGCUUCGGCCACAAAACAUGUAGUAACUCCUUUAAGAAAGACUAUGGACAUUGUGCACAAGGGGACUGGUGUCUGUGCUGCCUUGCUUGUGAUUUGGUGUGUGAAGGUGCAGUCAGAGCAGAGCUGUGAUCAGACAAAGUUCUUGCACGCUAAUGGCACGUGUGUUGCUUGCCCUGCAUGUGAACCUGGACAGCAGCUCUCAGAGGAUUGUGGAUUUGGAGAUGGCGGUGACGGAGUCUGCACACCGUGUGAGGACGGGAAGUUCAGCUCACAUUCAGGUGUUGCUCCCUGCUCAAGAUGCACCAAGUGUAAUCUGUUGAACCGCCUGCAGAGGACGCCAUGCUCCCCCACCACUGAUGCCCUAUGUGGCCAGUGCCUCCCAGGGUAUUAUGAACUGAGGAGCAUGGCCGGAGAAGUGGAGCUAUUCUGCGUACCCUGUUACAGACAUGACACGGCCCAUAAAGAAUGUUUGCUUUUCAAAUCUCAGACCUUUAAAGCAAAGACUGACAUCACUGAGUCCAGAGGAAAUGUCAAAGACCCUGAGGAGAAGAGAGUAGAAGAAGAAAAAAUAUCUGUGGUCCUGAUUGGUUCAGCGACAGCUUCCUCAAUGUUUGUCAUUGCUCUGCUGCUGUGGGCGUUCGUACUGACAUCCAAGAGAUUCAAGCAGGUUCCAGAGUGUCGUCCUGGGCCUGAGGAACAACUUUCUGCUACAACUUCACCAAGCGUCACAGAGAGAGCAGUGAAACAAUCAGACGUCCCUUCACAGGGACCUGAAGAAUACUCAAGGAGCCUUAACUCACUGAGUCAUGAGAAUGAGGCGCCUCCUCCUCCUACUUCUAUUGUGAUUAAUGUCACCACCAACAUCAAGCCCUCCAGGCAGAAGACAGACAACAUUGCAGAGGAGGGUCAGCAAAGAAGCUGCUACACCACAGACGAGAUGGAGCAAAAACUACAGACAAUAUGGGAGAUGGCUCAAAGUCACAGUAUUGAAAUGCUCGACUAUGACUCCGUCCAGGAUCUGUCUCUUCUACUCGACUCUGCUGACAGAAGGAACAUGUUGAGGAGACUCGGGCGGACGUUGGGAGUCCCACCCCAGGUGCUUGCUCAUCUCCAGGGCUUCCAGGACCUCUUUCAGUACCUGCGCACCUCCACCUACACUCUGCUGCCUCAGCUGGCUCAGGCUGCCGCACUCUUACCCAGUCCUGAAAUUGUUGCUAGGAUACACAGAGCCGUGGUAAACAAGUGACCACUUAGAAGCCAUGGAUGGUUUACCAAGACACUGUAACCAGCCAGUUCAUCCAAUAUUCUUGACACUGUAUUUGCUAUAAGAUGUGACGUUCUUUGCUGCAAUAUACAUUGUUUUUCAGUGACAUGUGACAUAGGUAGAACUAAUGGGCAUGAAAGAAACAUGCAAAGGACCUUUACUUUGUUGCAUCUGUAUAAAUCGAUUUAUUGGAUAUCACUUUGCUUUGCAAGUUAAAUAACACAAUGUCCAGGUCAUUGCAACCAAACCCUACAUGUGGUGCUGCUUCCUGUUUACCGUGUAAAAUAGAAAAUAUGCCCCGGGGCUCAGGCAUGUGAGACAGACCAGGACAGAGGAAGCAGUGUUCAUAGCAAUAGACAGAACAUAGAGCCCUGAGAAAAUGUGUUAUUCUCUCACUGGGAGACGUUUGCCAUCUGACCAUUUUCCUUGAUCUUCAGCUCUGCUAAUUCUCCAGCACAUUAAGGUAAUUGGUAAGGUUUUGAAUUUUUUUUUUUUUUAACAAAACCACCUCGUAGGAAUAUAAUCAUCAUAUUCUCUGAGUUCAUUCUUCCUUCUAGACCGACUUUCAGAAGUUUAAUGAAGAAAUAAUAUGUAAGUUUGUUCCGUGAAUGCAUCAUGCCUGUGACUUUAUUUGCUUGGUUAAAAUCCCUAGUGUUGUCAGCAUAAAAAUAAUGAUAAUAUGCAUAAUAUACAUAAUCUCUCAAUUUAACAUACAAUAACAUUUUAAAAACGCUAGAAGUCGCUCUUCAAACGUGUCCCGUGUUCGUCUAGCGUCCCCAUUUUAGAUCGUGUAUGAGAAAGAGGAAUCACGACUUGCUCGUAUUUGGGGUUCUUGUACUUUAUCAGGUGGUCUAAUUUUUUAAGCUUGUAUGUCUUUAGUCCACUACAUUUAAGUAAAUAAAUCUAUAAGAACAUACAUUAGGCCUAUAUUCUAAAAUGGGACAUUCCGGAUAUCCUGAGUGCUGAGUAUUUAUUACUAUAAAUGUAUUAAGUAAACAAUGUUUCCUACACUGCCAGUAUGUGUAUGUGUUUUAAUAAUUUGGCUUUUGACAUCACUUUACUGUCGUUCUGUAUCUGUUUAGCUAUUUAUUAAAAUCUAUUCAUUGCUA